AUGAAAAUAUUUAUUGGUCGCAAAAGAAUUGUAAUUGCAAGGAUACAAAAUUCAAAAAAAAGACAAGUAACAUUCUCAAAACGACGCAUUGGCCUAUUUAAAAAGGCAAGUGAGCUAUGUACUUUAUGUGGUGCUUAUGUUGCUGUUGUGAUUUUUUCAUCUAGCAACAAAGUAUAUUCAUGUGGACAUCCUUCCGCUGAGUUAAUUGUGGGUAAGUUUCUUGGAGAAAAUCAACCCGGCUUUGAUGCUCCUAACUCCACUAGUUUAUCUCAUCAAAAUGUCAAUGUUGAUGAGAUAAACAAUGAACUAAACAUGUUGGAGAAUUCACUCGAACAACAGAAAAAACAUGGAAAAGCUCUUCAAGGAUUAAGGAAAGAACUUCCAUAUGAACAACUCAACUUUUCUGACCUUAAAAAGGUUAUUGAGCUUUUGGAAGCUGCAGAUGAAGAAUUUGAAAGAGUAGCGAGCCAACUUAUGGAGUAUGAUACGGAAUUUCCGUAUCAAACUACUGGAAUGUCCCUUUCUCUUUUAAGAGUUGAUGACAACAGUUCAUCCAAUUUCAAUGAAGCGCAAUCUGGAUCCAAUGAAUAG